UUCAGAGCUAGAAUUCCCGCAAAAUUUGUUUACAUAAUUGAUAAUAAGCGCAUUGCUAAAUAAACUGUGUGUAUAAAUAGGUGAAUUAAAACAUUUUAAAAUUAGUGUGCUUCUCUGCUAGUUGCAAGAUUACAUUCCUCAUCAUUGGCACCAACCUGAGCAGAAAACAUGAGAAAGAUAAGGAACAAGAAAUCUGCUGAAACUGAAACUGAAAUUUGCAACAAUGAAACUAGCUCAAUGAAAGAAGAACCUCCACAGAAGAAACGAAAAUCAAAAUCUAAAAAUGAUAGUGUUAACAUAGAAAACAAAACUACUAAACCUGGCAAAAAAAUUGUGACAAACAAAAGUGUCCCUUUGAAAUCAAAUUCAAGCAACCAAAAUGUUCAGUCCCCUCGGUCUCCCCAUAACAGCAAAAAUUCCUCAUCCUUAGAAAUGCCAGUGAAUUUAAUAAAGUCAAACUUUGUAAGAGAAACCUGUAUAGCAAAUGGAGUAAACGAUCCUUUUCAAGAAGAUUUGGAAAAGCAUGGUUUCCAGAAGGGGACACAGCAUCUGAAUCUUCCAGCAUUUAAUUACAGCAGCCAUUACAGCGCAAAUCUUCAGCAUCAUCUAGGCAACAUACAAUAUGGAAUCAAAAGUAGACUAAAGUUACAGAAGUCCAUCAACAGUCCAUUUACCUCACUAUGCAGAGAGCUUGAAGUCUACAGAACGGCCAGCCCAUUUGACCGGAGAGUUACUGCCCUUGAAUGGCACCCUAAGCAAGCAAACCUUCUUGCUGUCGGUUCCAAAGGUGGUGACAUUAUUUUGUGGAACACAGAAAAUGUUGGACAAGAUAAAAUGAUUCAAGGGAGCGGAGAGGGUGGGUCAUGCCAAGCCCUGAAGUUCUGGCCAUGGGACAAUAGUAAAGUGUUGACCGCCUCCAUAGAUGGGACUGUGACCUUGAAGGACCUUGAGACAAAUGAUCGGCUUACAUUGGCCGACACCAUGAAUUGCCAUGACCAUUGGUACUGCAGUGUGGAUGUUCUUCAGAGCCAGUACCUGGUGGCUGCAGGCAGAAAUAAUGGCACUCUACACAUGAUGUCGUCCGAGGGAAGAAUGGUAUAUGAACAUCGUCUGCACAAGGACAAGAUCACCCACGUAGAGUUCUCGCCCCGGGAACCCUGGCUGCUGUGUACGGCCUCUACGGACCACACCGUACAGCUUUGGGACACGAGGCAGCUCAAAGAUCGGAAGAGUGCACUGUGUGUACUCGCGCAUGACAAGGCUGUCAAUUCAGCCUAUUUCAGCCAGACAGAUGGUUGCAGACUGGUUAUUACUGAUCAGGGCAGGGAGAUUCGCGUGUACCAGUCACCCAGUUGGUGUCUUGAGACAUGUAUACAGCAUCCUCACAGGUUCUUUCAGCACAUCACACCUUUUAAGGCGACAUGGCACCCUCAUCUAGAUCUGAUAGUGUGUGGUCGGUAUCCAGACAAGAACUUCCCUGGUUCAGGCAACGAACCCCGGACCAUCGACAUCUUUGAUGCGCAAGAUGGCCGGGUGGUCUCGCAGCUGUACAGUCGAGGGGCGGAUGGUCUAUGUCCACUGAACAAGUUCAACAGACAAGGGGAUGCUCUGGCCUCAGGAAUGGGUUUUCACAUACUGCUGUGGAGUAGACAAAAAGAAAUAGAGCGUAAACAAGCAGAGUUGGAAAUGUCAUUUAAACAGGCCCUUGGGAUGGGAGACUCCAAUAACCAUGGUAACUCAGUUAAAAGCAAACAGUUAUUGAAUCCUGGGACGGCUGAUGAAAGGACAAGGUUUGGUGCAAGGUCAAGGUCAAAGAAAUCGAAAAUGGAUAGUGAUACAGACGAUUUGAAGAAGAAGUUAUCAAAGGUAAAGUCUAAAACAAAGAAUGUCAUGGAUGAAGACCUAAAGAAAAAGAAGAAAUAAUGAAUGUUAAAUCUGUUACACAAAUGAACAGUUUAAUUAAAGAAUCAUAGUAAAACCUUUAUGUUGUGGAUAUUUAUUAGUAAAUUAUAAUUUACCCAUUAAAUAAAUAGUUCAUUUUAUAAAACUCUGAAGUAAGCAUGGACAUGUUUAAAAAGAAAGUAUUCAUUCUAUACAACUUUGGACCAAUGUUUUCUAGCUUAAUAUGUGAGCACAUGACUUUUCUCCUUUCCAAUGGAUAAUCAAUUCGAAUAAGAGUUAAAAUGGUAUACAAAUAUUUUUUCAUAUAUUUAAGAUUAUUUUAGAUAAUUAAAUAAUAAAGUACAUUGAAUACAUAGACCUGAUGAUUAGAAAAUAUGACACGAGUCAAACUUCAGAAACUUAGCUCUUUAAGUGCUGAAACCGAAUUUUGAAGGCCUUUGCAAACAGAACAUGGCGUCUCAUCAGGAUCCAAACUGUUUGCUAUUCUAAUAGCAUUCUUUGAAAAAAAUCAAUGAAAAUGCUAAUUUUAAAAAUUUAGCAGACAACAUUUUAGCAGAUGACAAAUUUCCCAGCAUGCAAAGGGUUAACAACUGAUGCUCUUGUGACGGUGUAAGUGCUUCAUAAGAAAACGUCUGUUACUAUUACCAACAGACUGCUUUAUCUUCGUAAACAUGUUAAGGUCAUUGAGGAAGGUUGCUUGACGGAAAAUGUAUGUAAUGUUAUCCAAGCUGGAUGGACGGUUUCAUUUUCUCCGUUGCUGUACAUGUGUAUAUGUUUAUAAAAAUGACCGAAAAUGUAUGUAGUGUUAUCUUAGCUGGAUGAACAGUUUCAUUUUCUCCGUCAAUGUUGCUGUAUAUAUAUGUUUAUAUAAGUUUGUGCAUGCGUAUCUUGUGUUAUGCCAUCAAUAAAUAAAGAAAUAAUAGUUAA